GGAAGCGGCGGCAGCGGCGGCGACGGCGGGCGCGAUGCAGGCCCCGCCGCAGGACUACCGGGACGUGCCCAUCGACAUCCAGACCAGCAAGCUGCUGGACUGGCUGCUGGACCGGCGGCACUGCGGGCGGCGGUGGCAGGCGCAGGCUCGGGCCGUGCGGCAGAGGAUGGAGGCGGCGCUGCGGGACAUGCCCGAGCACCCGGAGAUCCGGCAGCUGCUGGCGGGCACCGCCCUGCACUACUUCCACUGCCUGCGCAUCGUGGAGAUCCUCAGGGGCACCGAGGCCUCCACCAGGAACCUCUUCGGGCGCUACUCGUCCCAGCGCAUGAAGGUGAGCGGGCACCGGCACCGGCACUGGGACGGGGCCGGCAGCGGCCCCGCGCUCACUGCCCCCCCCGCCCUGCCGCCCCCCGCCCUGCCUCCCCCUCCUCUGCCUCCCCUCCAGGACUGGCAGGAGAUCGUGGCGCUGUACGAGAAGGAGAACACCUACCUGGCCGAGCUCGCCAGCCUCCUGGUGCGCAGCGUCAGCUACGAGGCCCCCGCGCUGCGCAAGCAGAUCAGCCGCUGCCAGCAGGCCCAGCAGGACUUCGCGCGCCGCGAGGAGGAAUGUCAGCUGGCGGCCGCUGAGCUGCGCGAGCGCUUCUACGCCUCCUGCAAGCAGUACGGCAUCACCGGAGACAACGUGCGCCAGGAGCUGCUGGCCCUGGUGAAGGAGCUGCCCUCGCUGCUCUCCGGGAUCGGGGCAGGAGCCAGCGCGCUCACCGAGGCCAUCGAGCUGUACGAGGCCUGCGUGGAGUUCGUGUGCGAGAGCUCAGCAGAGCCAGUGCUGCCCCUGCUGCGGCACGUGGGGAGGAGAGGCAACACCACCGUCUACGAGUGGAGGACGGGGCUCGAGCCCGUGCGGGUGGAGCGGCCGGAGGUGCAGGAGGUGCCGGAGCAGCCGAAGGAGGACGCGAUCGACUGGGGAGACUUCACGCUGGAGCCCAGCGGGGCAAGCGACGGCGCCGCUGCUGGCGGGGGAGCGCAGGACGAGAUCGACUGGGGCAUCACGCUGGAGCCCAGCCCCCAGCAGGACGAUGGCAUUGACUGGGGUGAUGGCGAAAGUGACGGGGCCCAGAUCUCGGUGGUGGAGGCUGGCACCGAGGGGCCUGAGGGGGUCGCUCGCGGCUCUGAGGCCCUGACGCUGCUGGAGCACGCCGAGACGCGGAACCGGUUCAUCGACGAGCUCAUGGAGCUGGAGCUGUUCCUGGCGCAGCGCCUGGUGGAGAUGGAGGAGGCGGAGGCCGACGUCCUGGCCGCCAGCCAGUUCCAGCUGGCCCCUGCCGCGCUGCAGGGCCAGACCAGCGCCCGCGUGGGCUCCCUGCUGGCCGGCACCCGGGCGCUGCUGGGCCAGCUGGGCGCCCGGCGCACGCAGCACCUCUUCACCAUCCUCGCCUCCCCCAGGUACGUGGACCGCGUCAGCGAGCUGCUGCGGCAGAAGCUGAAGCAGGCGGAGCUGCUGCUGGCCAAGAGGGAGGCGCUGAGCCGGAAGCGGCAGGAGGCGCUGGCGGAGCAGGGCGCCCUGGAGCCCAAGCUGGACCGCCUGCUGGAGGGGACCAGGGAGCUCCAGCAGCUGAUCGAGGCCGACAUCUCCAAGCGCUACGGCGGGCGGCCGGUGAACCUGAUGGGCGUCUCGCUGUGAGCGGGUGGGGUCCUGGCCCCCCCCCCGAGGGGUCCUGGGCCCCCGCUCCCCUUGUCCCUCCCCAGCGGUACCGUGGCCGCGGGCUGGGCGCUGCUCAAUAAAGCUGAGGCCCCAUC